CCCACAGAGCUCGUGCUCCGCGCGGCGCGGCGCUGUCCUCGGCGCUCUCGGCAUUGGGCGCUGGCAGUCCCGACCUUAAACUUAGCUUCUGGACAAAGGGCGUCUCCAGUAAGAAGAGUGGCAGCAGGACAUGCACCUAGAGAACAAAGGUGGCAGGCUGACCUCUGGCGUACGGGAGAUGGAGCUACAUCAGACAUCAGUUCCCAUGACUGCUGGCCUCGGAGGGCAGGGGCUGGAGGGACUCAGCAACCGCAAGCCCCAGCACGGGGUCAGCAGAGCGGACCCCCUGAAUUCCGACUCCAGUGGGGUGGCCGAGCAGAGCUGCUGGGCUCCUGUGGACCAGGAUUUUGGUUCAUUCCUCACAGAGUGGAGGUGUCACUCUCCUUUACCCCAGUUCUUCAGCUCCAGGUCUGAAGAUGCUUGCUUUACAGAAAGCACCCCUUUGCUGAGGAAUUCCUCAACAGAGAAUGGAUGCUGCUACUUCCGUGGGGAUAACCCGGAAGCCUUGCUUUCCACGUCUCGGCGCUUGCCCGCUGACCAUCCAGAGGCCGGCACCCCCGAGUCAUCGUGGGAGAGUGUCCCGGCGUUGUGGGCGGGGCCGAGCGGGGAGGCUGCGGACUCCACGGAGAGGCGGGAGUUUCCGGUGGGCGCUCCUGGCAGGCUCCGCUUCUCCAGGCUGAGGUGCUGUGUGCGGUGGCUGAAAGUCACGGGCCUGUUUGUCUUUGUGGUGGUGUGCUCUAUUUCAUUUAGCCUGUAUCCAGAUCAAGGAAAGUUCUGGCAGCUGUUGGCCGUGUCGCCCCUGGAAAGCUACUCUGUGAACCUCAGCAGCCGUGCAGACUCCACGCUGCUCCAGGUGGACCUGGCAGGGGCCCUGGAGGUCGGCGGCCCGAGUCGUCCUGGGAGAGACGAGCAUGUCGUGGUGGAGGUGACCCAGGCCGAGGCUCCAGGCUCCAGGUGGCGGCGGCCACAGCAGGUCACUCACAACUGGACAGUAUUUUUAAACCCAAGAAGAAGCGAUCGCUUGGUGGUGAGCAGGACCUUCGAGGUGCUGAGCAGAGAGACUGUUUCCAUCAGCAUCCGAGCCUCCCUGCAGCAGACCCAGCCUGUUCCUCUUUUGAUGGCUCAUCAGUACCUCCGUGCGAGCGUGGAGGCACAAGUGGCUGUGGCUGCAGCCAUCCUGGCCGCGGUGUACGUGCUCAUCAUAUUCGAGAUUGUUCACAGAGCACUAGCUGCCAUGUUGGGCUCUCUGGCGGCACUAGCGGCGCUGGCUGUCAUUGGUGAUAGACCCAGCCUGACCCACGUGGUGGAAUGGAUUGAUUUCGAGACCCUGUCCCUGCUGUUUGGCAUGAUGAUCUUAGUAGCCAUAUUUUCAGAAACUGGAUUUUUUGAUUAUUGUGCCGUGAAGGCCUACAGACUGUCCCGGGGGCGAGUGUGGGUCAUGAUCACCAUGCUGUGUCUCAUCGCCGCCAUCCUGUCUGCCUUCCUGGACAAUGUCACCACCUCUCUUCUCUUCACUCCCGUGACCAUAAGGUUGUGUGAGGUGCUGAAUCUCGAUCCAAGACAAGUGCUCAUCGCAGAAGUGAUCUUCACAAACAUUGGAGGAGCUGCUACUGCCAUUGGGGACCCACCAAAUGUCAUUAUUGUUUCCAACCAGGAGCUGAGGAAGAUGGGCUUGGACUUCCUGGGGUUCACGGCUCACAUGUUUGUUGGGAUUUGCUUCGUUCUCCUGUUCUGCUUCCCCCUCCUCAGACUCCUUUUCUGGAACAGGAAGCUGUACAACAAGGAACCCAGUGAGAUUGUUGAGCUGAAGCACGAAAUCCACGUGUGGCACCUGACCGCACAACGCAUCAGCCCUGCCAGCCGAGAAGAGACGGCAGUGCGUGGCCUGCUUCUGGGGAAGGUGCUGGAGCUGCAGCAGCUGCUGGCCCACCGGCUGCACACCUUCCACAGACAGAUCUCACAGGAAGACAAGAACUGGGAGACCAACAUCCAGGAGCUGGAAAGGAAGCACAGGAUAGCGGACAGGAUCCUGCUCGCCAAAUGCCUCACGGUGCUGGGGUUUGUCAUCUUCAUGUUCUUUCUCAAUUCGUUUUUCCCUGGCAUUCACCUGGAUCUAGGGUGGAUUGCUAUUCUGGGUGCCAUCUGGUUGCUAAUUUUAGCUGAUAUCCAUGAUUUCGAGAUAAUUCUACACCGAGUAGAAUGGGCAACACUUCUGUUCUUUGCAGCACUCUUUAUUCUGAUGGAGGCACUGGCACACCUCCACUUAAUUGAGUACGUCGGAGAGCAGACUGCUUUGCUAAUAAAGGGGGUCCCCGAGGACCGGCGCCUCACGGCCGCCAUCGUCCUGGUGGUCUGGGUCUCGGCCACCGUGUCGUCGCUGAUCGACAACAUCCCCUUCACAGCUGCAAUGAUCCCGGUGCUCCUGAGCCUCAGCCGAGACCCCGAGGUCAGCCUGCCUGCGCCGCCCCUCAUGUACGCGCUGGCCCUCGGCGCCUGCCUGGGAGGCAACGGGACGCUAAUCGGGGCCUCGGCCAACGUUGUCUGUGCGGGGGUCGCGGAGCAGCACGGCUACGGCUUCUCCUUCAUGGAGUUCUUCAGGCUGGGCUUCCCGAUGACGGUCGUCUCCUGCACGGUGGGCAUGUGUUACCUCCUUGUGGUGCACGUCGUCAUGGGAUGGAGCUAAGGACACGCGUCUGCAGCCCCUUCCGAAGCACGCCAAAAGGCCCCCGACGGCUCUUGGGAGAAGAAAACUGGUUAGGUCAGGGGUCCCCUGGAGAGUAGGCCAUUGGCACCCACAUUCUUAGUCACCUUAGUGCUGGCAAAUCAUGGCAAACAUGAGACAAUUUACCCAGUGUCCCCCCACAGCAAAUGUUUACAUCAAAACAUUGCUUCGCUCUGUAAGACACAAUGUUUAAUUGUCACGUCUCCUGAGGCUGUCUACAGUUUUACAUGUACCCCCCGCCCCCACUCCGGGUUCAAGCCGUUGUUUCUCAGUCUAGUUGUGUAGGACAAACAGCUCCCUGGCCCGUGCUGGUAUCAGGAGCCUUGCGUUUCCCACCAGCUGAGGUAGUCGGUCGCCAGUCGUUGGUCAGCUGCUCACAGCAGCUCACGGCAGCUCUCACCCGCCAGCCACUGGCCACGCAUGGGCAGCCCACGCCAACCUCCGGCUGCUCACGGCAGCCCGGCUCCAGGGAGAGCUGUUGUUCACAAUCUUAGCUGUAGAGGGCGCAGCCCACUGGCCCACGUGGGAAUCGAACCGGCGGCCUCAGCAUUAGGAGCACAGCGCUCCAACCGCCUGAGCCACUGGGCCGGCUCACAUGUACCUACUUUUCAUGUUGAAGUUAUACACCCUCUGAAUAUGUGUCUUUCUUGGGAAAGGCUUACAGUGUGUUUCAUGCAUUAAAAAUACACUAUCCCUUGCCUCACAUUCUUAGAAUUUGUUAGUCUCUUAGUUUUUCAUGAUUUUACAUUAUAUAAAAUGGCAUUUUAUUCAUGCUUUCCCCUGGAGUUUUGACGUCAUCAGUUAAAAGUCUUGAAAUUCCACUUGCAGAGGUCAUAAUGCUUUUUAAAUAAAUAGUUA